GCUGCCUGCAAGCUUUAUACGCUUACUGACAUCCUCAUCUGAAUCCACAUGCGAUAAAAUAGCGGCCAAGUCAUCACAAAACAUAUUUUAACACGGGAAGUCAAUUUUUAUUAACUUAUUUUGGGGGUGAAGGGAGUUGCUGCAACAAAAUGAGAUGAAUAUGCAUAUUUUGGUCAGAUGCUUUACAUCAAUGUUGCGUCAUGGACAAGUGCCAAGUUAAGACUGUUUGCACACCAGUCUGCUGACCCACUGUAGUACCACCUCUCAGCCAUGAAGUUGGCUCUGCACCGGCUGGCAGGCGCCACCACGAGCGCGCUGACAACAGUCAUGCCGUACCUGGGCUCCAACGACGCAGUCUACGACGACAAUUCCGCCAAACCUGGAUUCUGCUCUGACAAAACGUACUGCGCAUCCAAUAGUAGCGCAAACAAGGUCAUUUACAACACCCUCACACCCAUUCUCCCCACCAACAUGUCGGACUUUCUGGUGACUAAUGGAACUGGUGGGAUGGCGGCUCAGUGCGGGGAGAACUUUGUGGACAACAUGGAGUGUUUUAUGAUCCUGACUCCGGGCCAGCAGCUGGCCAUCGCCAUCUUGGCCCUCACGUUGGGUACGUUCACAGUGCUGGAGAACCUGAUUGUGCUAUGUGUCAUCCUGCAUUCGCAGACGCUGCGAUCCCGACCGUCCUACCACUUCAUAGGUAGCCUGGCUGUGGCGGACCUCAUCGGCAGCAUCAUUUUCGUCUACAGCUUCCUGGACUUCCACGUCCUCCACAGGAAAGACAGCCCCGAAGUUUUCCUGUUCAAGCUGGCCGGCGUUAUUGCCUCCUUCACCGCCUCUGUGGGCAGCCUCUUCCUCACAGCCAUCGAUCGUUACAUCUCCAUCCACAGGCCCAUGGCGUACAAGCGUAUCGUCACCAAGACCAAAGCGGUCGUGGCCUUCAGCCUCAUGUGGAGCGUGUCCAUUGUGUUUGCGCUGCUGCCCCUGCUGGGCUGGAACUGCAAGCGCCUGAACUCUGUCUGCUCGGACAUUUUCCCCCUCAUCGAUGAGAGGUACCUGAUGUUCUGGAUCGGGAUGACCAGCGUCCUGCUGCUCUUCAUCAUCUACGCCUACAUGUUCAUUCUGUGGAAGUCGCACCACCACGCUGUGCGCAUGCUGAGCCGCACCUCCCAGAGGAGCGUCAUCGUCUACACAGCGGAGGGUACCAAGAUUCAGAUGGUGAGGCCUGAGCAAGCACGCAUGGACCUCCGGUUGGCCAAGACCCUUGUGCUCAUCUUGGUGGCCCUCAUCAUCUGCUGGGGGCCGCUCCUCGCCAUCAUGGUUUACGACCUCUUAGGAAAAGUGGACGACUUCAUAAAGACCGUGUUUGCUUUCUGCAGCAUGCUGUGCCUGCUCAACUCCACGGCCAACCCCGUCAUUUACGCCAUGAGGAGCAAGGACCUGCGCAGGGCUUUCGGCAACAUCUGCCACCUGUGUCAGGGAAGCGCAUCUCCUCUGGACAACAGCGGGGAGAGCGACUGGAACAGCAGGACCGUAAGAGGCAAAGAUAGUGGAGGUAGUGGUGGGAACAUUCGAGUCAAAGUGGUCCAAGUUUAUAUUUCUGGAGUGAAAGAUACAACUUCUACCGCAGAUUCAGUGUAAAAGCCUUCUGACUGUGGUACAAGUAGAGUAGGAUAAACUGCACCUCCUUUCACUUGAAAAAAAAAAAAAAAAAAAAAAAAGCACUUAAUUUUCAUUUGGCCAUGAUCAAAAUGUGGUAAACUCAUUUGUCCCUCUUUUCAUCAAAAAUUAUCUAAUAAUAUGUGAUAAAUAAAAAAAAUUUCAUGUGCAAGAGAUGUACAUGUUUGAAUUAAGUAAAUUCCACUUAUUUUUUUUUUCACUGCACUUGCUUUUUGAGUGUGGUGCGUGUCAAAGAAUUACUCUCUUCUGACAUCACUGGAAGCUUGCUUUGAAGCUCGACCCUGCAACUGCUUCCUUAGGUACACCUGCACUAUCUAAACCAGGGUUGGGCAAAGUAUGGUCUGCGAGCCACAUCCAGAAUGUUUAUUGGGCCCACCGAGCAUUAUCUGGAGUCCUAUAAAACAUUUUGCUUUAAUUUAGCCCCUUUUCCUGCAAAUUGGUCACUUAAUUGCAUGGAUGCCACUAGGUUGUGCAGGUGUUCGUUAUGAAUAAAUAAUGAAAUCUGUUUGCUUUGUGUUAUGUUUCAAUCAUAAACAACUUAAGGGUGACCAUAUUUAUUGUUACUAUUUAAAUACUACUGUAUCACAGGCAUGGGGAAACCAUUUCCCUAUUAGAAACCCAUUCAGUUUAUUAAAACGUCCAUAGUAAAUUGAUGAACAAAUGUUUUAUUUGUCCAUCCAUCCAUUUUUCGUACUGCUUAACCUGUUCAGCGUUACGGGGAGCUGGAAAAUAUCCCAGCUGACAUCAGGAGUAAGGCAGACUACGCGACACUGGAGUGGUCUGCAGUCAAUCGUAGGGCAAAUGUAUAUUUAUUUAUUUAUUUAUUUAAUGUUUUUUGUUUGUUUUAAUGAGCAUUUGUGGGUUAAAUGUUUCAGUGAUCUUUUCUGUCUUUGUAUUUAGAAUUGCAUGGCGUGCAGGAUAAAUGCGGUGUAGCAUGACCCAUGAAACAUAGGUUCCUCACCACUGCUAAACAACAUCAGAGCAUAGCAAUAGUGUGGCCGUAGUCUUUCCAAAAUGUCCGCUGGGAAAACUGCACUAUUAAACUACUUGAUAGAAAGUAGCAUCUUUGACUCGAAAGCAGUCGUGGGUGGUUAUGUAAGAUGUUGUGAUGUUUGGCAUUUCACCACUCUUCAGUUGUUUUUUGUAGAAUUCUAGAGUUGGUUUUGCAAAGCAAAAACUGUGAAACAUGCUUUGCUUUUUUGAUAGCAGAAAAUAUUUGUAUCUUACAGGAAUGUUGAGUGUGCUUGUAAAACAUUGUGUGACAAAUUGACACUGCCAUAUUGAUGUCAAGGUCAAUAUGGAAAAUCUGCUUAUUUUUUUUUCAUCAUGAAAUCGCAAGACAGCAGGUGAUCUUUU